AUGCGUCCGCGCAAGCGGCAUAACUAUAACUUCCGAUUCCGUUGGCUGGCUUUGGAUGGGAAUUUAAUUUUUGGUUUUUGCGUUCUCUGCUUAUUUUGUGUUGGUUACGAGUUGAACAAUAGAUCAUUUCAAUGGAUCAAGAGUUUUAUUCGGAGACUAUUGAGCUCAAUAAAACAAAGUUUAAAUUUUUACCAUGCAUGGCUCCUGGAAUUCCCGUACUUGCGACUUGCUAAACCGAAAAUUGUAUUCCAUUGCGAGGAACAGACAGAUUUCACUUACCAAGGAUCGUUGACUGUUGAAGAAGGGGUGGAAGAAUCACUUGAAGAAAGUCUUGUGGAAGUCAAAGAUAUUUACGAAGAAGUUAGCCGCUUAAGGCUGCGCGUAAAUCGGCUCAAUCACCUACUUGGCACAAAUAUAUCGGACUGUCCAACUAUUGAUCUCUGUAAGAGCGAUCAAAUAUUAUUGACGAUGCCUAACGAGGACCAUCCCGAGAUCCUUCAGAUGCAGAUUGCAAGUAAAAAACUUGCUCAUCAGCUGAUUCAGCUGCAACCGGUCCGAAAAGCAGCAGAUGUGGCCAUCCGAAUUGUACGCAAUGAUCACUGCAGGAACAAGAAAUUAGAGCUUCAAUUACAGAAUAGAAUUCAGGAACUGAACUCCUUUAAGCUCAAAUUCGAGAAAUAUCAGGGACUAUGCCUGCAACGGUUUCGAUUCUUGGAAGAGGAAAAAUACUGUGGCAGGGCAUUUGGAAAAUAUCUUAAUAAGUCGACGGAGUUAGUAAAGAAGAAUCAUAAUAAACUGAUAAUUAGGAAUGAAUAUGAGCCUUUAAGGCAAGAUGCCCUUAAAGUGAUAGAUAAUUUAAGGAGGGCGUCGGAGAAUUUAAGAGACCAUCUGUCUGAUGAGAUAACUAACAAAAAACAGCAACUUUUCCAGAACAUAUAAAAUUAAAGUGUAUUUAUU